AUGGCGGGUCUGUACGAGCGUAUUCUGGCUCUGGUACCCGUGGACGACCUUCACGACAGCUACAAUGGUGUGCUCCACGACAAAAUCUCGCCCAUAACUCGCGCAGUGAAUGACGUAUCGGCUGCUUUUGCGAAACUGGAGGAAGUUAACAGGGCCGUGAAUAAACUCAACAACGUUCCGACUAUUACUCGCAGCGUAACGUUGGCAAAGACCAUGGACACUACAUUGCAACUGCAACAACAACUUUGUAAGAAGUUGGAAUCGACGAUUGCUGCAAUGACAAAACUAUCUGUGGUCAUGAGGAGCAAGCAUCUAAGCGAAGUGCUAGCUAAAGUGACGGAGCUCGUGCCCACUUCCAAAGAGACGGAACAAAUCCCGAUAUUAAAGUAUGUGCUACUAUGGGCCAAUCUUAGCGCUGGUACACCAGCCGACGUCACAGUCUACGACUGGUUCAGCGAGAAAAUGACAGCAGUGAUCGACCAGGGUCCACGAACCGAAGUAGCAGCUGGCCUCAGAAGUGAAAUGAAGAAAUUCAAGAUAAAAGAUGUAGCGAAAGUAUUCAAGCACAAGCAGAUAAACUUUUAG